GCAACUUUUACUUCCGGUUGAGUUCAGCCUCUGCAUAAGGUUUUUUGGAUUACCAGUAUUCUUGCGUGGUGCUUCUGUUAUCCUACUUCAUCCGUGAUUUUUCUCAGCUGCCUUUGCACUUUGCAAUUCUAUAUCUUCCAGGGAUAUAUUUUGUUUGUCGUAUGUCCAUCCAGAAUCUCAACACAUUCGACCCCUUUGCAGAUGCAAUCAAGGCAGAUGAUGAUGUCCAAGACGCUGUGCAUAUAAGGAUCCAACAACGAAAUGGUCGCAAGACCUUAACAACAGUGCAAGGACUUUCAUCUGAAUAUGACUUGAAGAAAAUAGUGAGAGCAUGUAAAAAGGAGUUUGCCUGCAAUGGGACAGUAAUCGAGCACCCAGAGUACGGGGAGGUGUUGCAGCUGCAGGGGGAUCAGCGAGAAAAUAUAUGUCAGUGGCUAACAAAGUCAGGUCUGGCCAAACCUGACCAACUAAAAGUCCAUGGUUUUUAACCAGCAAACACCCAUGCCACUAUCUAAGAACACUCCACCUUCAUCAACACCUUAUCAUCUUAAAUUAUCUGUAUCAGUCACUAAUACUUGUUGAUACAUCGUGAGAUAUCCUAUUAUAUACACAUAUAUAUUUCAAUAAAAAAUAUAUAACAGUAACGAUAUAGGCACAAUAUUCUAAUCAGACAUUUGUAAGAUUGUAGGAAGCAAUAUUUUGCAGCCUUAUGAUAGAUAAUUCACUAAACUCAUCACGUUUUAAAGUAGUAGUGAUAAUUAAUUAGUAAUUUGAGAAAAUACUUAUACAAGGAAUAGAUACAAAUAGUAACGGAUGGCUCUUCUUUUUGGAUUAGGUAGUAUGUAUCUCGGCGCUAUAGACGUGUUCAGAGAAAGAUCGAAAGAAUUAUUUUAGACUCCAGAUUUGAUUUAUUGUGUGUAAUGCUGAAUGCUUUGUUUUGUUUAUAUAGUAAGGUAAUGGGCCUGGUUCUAUAUUGUCAUUUCCAAGUUUUGUGCCUUUGAUUCCACAUUGAUUGUAUUAUUUAUUGAAAGAAUCAUGUUUUAUUGUAAUGGAUUUAUUUUGAGGGAGAAUUGCCAAUUUUUUCCUUUUUAAAGCAGUAUUGAUAACAGAUCAAUCGUUUUCGAUAAAAUGUGGCUGUUCUAAAUAAAUGGUAAUUCACCACUA